AUGAAGUACUCUGCUUCCGUUCUCGCUACCCUGGCCAGCGCCGUCAUGGCCAUGCCCCAGGCCGGCAGCGCCGCCCUUGCUCCCAAGGAGGCUGCUCCUGCUGGCUGCCAGACCUCGUACUCUGGCAACUUCGGCAUCACCAUCGUCGGUCUCGGCAAGCGCAGCCUCGAGACUCGCAGCAACUGUGGCCAGAAGGGCGCUCUUGACCUGACCCUGAAGGACAGCGUUCUCACCGACUCCCAGGGCCGCAUUGGCUCCAUCGUCGCCAACUACCAGUUCCAGUUCGACGGCCCUCCCCAGUCCGGUGUGAUCUACACCUCUGGCUUCUCCGUCUGUGGCAACGGCUCCCUCGCCCUUGGUGGCUCGACUACCUUCUACCAGUGCAAGUCUGGAGACUUCUCCAACCUGUACGACAGAAGCUGGGCUCCUCAGUGCUCUCCCAUCCACCUGAGCGUCCUCCCCUGCGGCUCCGACGCUCCCGUUCCCUCCGGCAACGUCGUUGGAACCACCAUGGUCGCUACCACUGUCGUUACCGUCAUCGGUGACGGUCAGCCCCAGGUCGUCCCCACCACCGUCCCCGUCCCCAUCUGCCAGAUUGGCGAUGGCCAGAUCCAGGGCCACACGACCCCCUGUGGCGAGCUUCCUCCCGUCACCGUCACUCCCGCUCCUCCCGCCCCGUCUGCGCCGGCUCCUUCUGCCCCCGCUGCCCCUCCCCCGGGCACUCCUGUCGCUCCUCCCGCCGCGCCUCCCGUCACCACCCCGGCCGCUCCCCCCGUCCAGCCGUCUCAGCCUGCCGCUUCGCAGCCCCCUGUCGCACCUCCCGCCGUCAACACUACCACUCCUGUCCAGCCCCCGGCUACCACUGCCCCCACCACGCCCUCGAGCACGACUCCUGCCGCUCCUCCUGUCGCCGCGGGCCAGCACAUUGUUCCGGCUCCCUUCGUUGCCUUGGUCGCUGGUCUGAUGGCCGUCGUGUACAUGAUCUAA